UACUUGCGCGUUGUGGGCUAGUUAGCUUGGCUACGUGACCACCGUGAUCUACUCGUGUGAAAGAGCCUUUAGCUGUUAACCACGGCGAUGUCAGCUUCCUGGGCCGCACGGGAGAGAUGGGGGUUUGGAGAGAUUGCCCCUGAACCACGGUGUCACAGCGCUGCGACAGUUCUGUCUUUUGAUGUGUGCGUAUACGGGCUCAACAGGACGGCUAACGUGGCUAACGUGGCUAACGUCGAGGUUUUUUCUUGUCAACCGGACGUGACAGUCUGUCGUAGCGACACAAUACAAGUUUAAAAACGCGCCUGCACCAAGCUGAGAUGUGGUUUAAGUGACCUGUCAAAACACAACACAGUCCUGGCACCGAUACUCUGCCUGCUAUCCUGGCGGCUAACGUGUUAGCCACUGUGCUAGGCUAAGCUGCCAGGUCAGGCCUCAACAUGGAAUCUAUGCUUAACAAGCUUAAAAGCACUGUUACUAAGGUAACAGCAGAUGUCACCAGCGCUGUCAUGGGCAACCCGGUGACACGAGAGUUUGAGGUUGGACGACAUAUUGCCAGCGGUGGGCCUGGAAUGUGUUGGAGAAUCUACAAUGGCACCAAGAAGUCCACCAAACAGGAAGUGGCAGUGUUUGUGUUCGAUAAGAAGGUGGUUGAUAAGUAUCAGAAAUUUGAGAAGGACCAAAUCGUUGAUUCACUGAAAAGAGGAGUGCAACAGCUGACCAGGCUGCGUCAUCCCCGUCUCCUGACUGUGCAGCAUCCUCUGGAGGAGUCACGGGACUGCCUGGCGUUCUGUACAGAGCCGGUGUUUGCAAGUCUGUCCAAUGUGCUGGGCCACUGGGACAACCUGCCGAGCCCUGUGCCCAACGACAUCAAGGAGUACAAGCUCUAUGAUGUAGAGACCAAGUAUGGCUUGCUACAGAUCUCAGAGGGUAUGUCCUUCCUCCACAGUGGGGUGAAAAUGGUUCAUGGCAACUUGUGUCCAGAGAACAUAAUCCUCAACAAGAGUGGAGCCUGGAAAAUCAUGGGCUUUGACUUCAGCAUCUCCUCGACAAACCCCUCAGAUGCUGAGCCCAAGUACACAUGUAAAGAGUGGGAGCCCAUCCUUCCUCCACUCUGCCUCCCCAACCCUGAGUACCUGGCCCCUGAGUACAUCCUGUCUGUCAGCUGUGACUCUGCCUCCGACAUGUACUCACUGGGUGUGGUCAUGCAUGCCAUCUUCAAUGAGGGCAAGCCCGUUUUCCAGGUCAACAAGCAUGACAUUUUCAAGAGCUUCAGCCGACAGCUUGACCAGCUGAGCAGCAUGAGUCCAGCACUGCUAAACAAGAUCCCAGAGGAGGUGCGGGAGCACGUCAAAAUGCUGCUCAGUGUCACGCCCAAUGUCCGGCCUGAUGCUGACCAGUUGACCAAGAUUCCAUUUUUUGACGACGUGGGUGCUGUCACUCUUCAGUAUUUUGACUCCCUUUUCCAAAGGGACAACCUACAGAAGUCUCAGUUCUAUAAAGGCCUCCCCAAAGUCCUUCCCAAACUGCCCAAGAGAGUGGUGGUGUAUCGAAUCUUGCCAUCAUUGACCUCUGAGUUCAUCAACCCCGACAUGGUUCCCUUCGUGCUGCCCAAUGUGCUGCUGAUCGCAGAGGAGUGCACAAAAGAGGAGUACAUUCGUCUCAUCCUGCCUGACCUCACACCUGUUUUCAAACAGCAAGAGCCUAUUCAGAUCCUGCUGAUCUUCCUGCAGAAGAUGGACCUGCUGCUGACCAAAACACCGCCAGAAGAAAUCAAGAACAGCGUGUUGCCUAUGGUCUACAGAGCUCUUGGAGCCCCGUCUGUACAGAUCCAGGAGCUGUGUCUGAACAUCAUCCCCACAUUUGCCAACCUGAUUGACUACCCGUCCAUGAAGAACUCCCUCAUUCCUCGGAUCAAAACAGCCUGCCUGCAGACCUCCUCACUAGCUGUACGAGUGAACUCUCUGGUGUGUCUAGGGAAGAUCUUGGAGUAUCUAGACAAGUGGUUUGUCAUUGAUGAGAUCCUGCCCUUCUUACAACAGAUUCCCUCCAGAGAACCAGCAGUGCUCAUGGGCAUCCUAGGAAUUUAUAAAUGCACAUUCAGCCACAAGAAGCUGGGCAUUCCAAAAGAGCACCUCGCUACCAAGAGCCUGCCCCACCUCGUCUCUCUUAGUAUAGACAACAACCUCAAUCUGAAUCAGUUUAACUCGUUUAUGGCGGUUAUACGCGAAAUGCUGAGUCGCAUGGAGACUGAACACAAGACCAAGUUGGAGCAGCUGCACAUCAUGCAGGAGCAGCAGAGGAGUCUAAACAUUUCAAACCCAGGGAACCAAUCAGAGGAGACAAAGAGUCCACCAAGCUCCAGCAACCAGAUUGAUGUUAUCUUUGGCAGCACAGGGGUUAAUGGAAAAGAGAAUGGGUCUGCACCAGCUGCAGCAGCCUCACAGCCUAAUAGGAUGUCUCUGACUCUUGAGGAGAAACAGCGAUUGGCUAAGGAGCAGGAACAAGCAGCCAAACUGAGGAACCAGCAGCCGUUGGCACCACAGACUAUCAAACCAGCCGCCACCACCAACUCACAGACUAAGGAUCUGACCAGCAGCCUUCUCAACAACAUGACGUCGCUAAACAGCCUGUCUUUGGCCAACACAGCACGACCAGCCCCAGUGCAGGGCAACACCAUGUCUGCCUUUCCCUCCUCCAGCCCCAUGGUUGGCUCCAUGGGCACCCCAGUCUCUAAUGGCUUCAAUGCACCUAUGGGCUUCCAGACAGGGGGCAUGGGGAUGGGCAUUCGUCCCACGGGCCCUGGCCUCUAUGGCGGCAUGGCCACCACCACCAGCACCCCAAACUUCGGCGCUCUCACACAGAAUCAUACAUCCAUUGGGCAGACAAACAAAGCCCCCGACAUGUCAGCCUUGGACAGUCUUUUUACACCCAGCAAACCCAAAGUCAGCCUCAACCAAAUGGGUCCCAUAGUCGCACCUGGAACCAAUACACCCUGGCUCAAUCAGUUCGGUUCAGCCCAGAACGCUCAAUCUCAGAUGCAGGGUGUCCCAGUAGGUUCUGGAGGGGUGCCCACUGGGUUUGGGAUGCAGGCAAACCCUUUUUUCAGCCCGCAGAACUUUUCUCAAUCUGCUGCUGCCCCUAAUAUGAACCAAAGUGGAGUUAAACAUUGUGCAUCUGUCAAUAAUGACCUGAAAGACUUAUUCGGGUGAAUAUAUGUGAAAAGAUGGCAGGUGAAGUAUCUUAUUUUAAUAACUAUGGACGGAACAGCCUUGAAUUCUCACAGAAACAGACUGAUUGAAUGUGAAGCUUUGAAAUCCCUUCAAGGAUGUUGCUGUCUGUAUUUUUAAAUUCGACCUGGUUUCAAAUUCUGAAUCUUGCUCACAUUCUGCUGGCGAAUUAACCUGCACCUGAAUUCAAUAUCUACCUGACCAGAAGGACUAAAAGGUUAUGGUGGGAACUACUUCUUCUAUACUGUGUUCUUUAAAUGCUUGGGUUUUCUUACUGUUUUGUACUCAACAUUCUUGGGAAUCCAAAUGGCAAUGGGUUGAGAUGAAUCCCAACUCAAUUUAUUCAGGAAGGUGUUAGUGUGCAUAUCAUGAAUGAGUGUUUUUCUCCUCUCGAAACAGCUGCAGAAUUAGAAUCACCCCCAAGGUGGCGCACAUCUGCUCACUUUCAGGCUACUGUACCUUUAUCGUGUCUCCAGGCUUUUUUAGGAUUCGCAGCAUGUCGAAACUGAUCAGACUGUCGUCUUGAAAAACAAGUAUACCGCAUACACCUAAAUGAGCCCAGUGGGAGAUGGCUUCAAGUGUAGCACUGCAGUUACUGAUCUGCAGCCAGUAAGCUCCUCUGAAGAGACGGAGACGAGAGCAACCCAAAUGCAGUCCGUCUCCAUGGCAACUGUUUCUCUGCAGCACCUUCAUUUAGAGAGCACAGGUUGGAUUUAUGGUCCAGGCUGCUCUUUUUUCCCCCAUCACUUAAUUAGAUAUCUAAAAAAGGGAAAGAUUAGUUUUGUCAGGUCAGUGUUUGUUUAAAACCACUUCACGUCCUUUUGUUAAAGCAACACUGUGCAACUUUUUUACUUUAAAACAGCAGCUUCAGAAUCAGUUUGAUGGUUGAAAAACUUGGAAUAAGGAGAAUGUUAACUUUUAUUCCCUCUCCUCACUCUGAGCAUUUGUUCUUGCUCUAUGUAAGUUUGGUGAGUGGGUACGAUCUCCUGUGAGACGCGAUUGCAUCAUGUUUGACAUCACAAACAUCCAAGACGGAGGCGCUCUCUCCCCGCGCUGUCUCGCCAAACUAGCAUGUUCACCUGGGUGACAUAUUUACAGCUUGUCAGAAUUGGGUCCUGCUAGUUCAAGAGUAAUGCUGAACUGUAGAUCAGUUAAAUAGACCUCGGAGUCAUUAAAAACCUGCGUUUCUCUCCAAUAUUCAGUGAGGAAACUUUGAAAAUAUGAAGAAUUCUAAAUAGCUUGUAUUUGUUACAGUGGCAGCUCUUCUGGUUCAGGAAGCUGGGGAUCAUGGGUAUUAUCCACCAUUCAACAAGAAAUUUAUGUUUUUUUUGUUUUUUUUUUACUUUAUGAAAAAACCUAUUAAUCUCUUGAAUUUGGAGCCCAGCAGAAUGAAUCACCACAUGUGGCUGCAGGGGGCGCUGUUGAUCAGAAAAUUACUAAGUGUUGCUUGAACAAAAAACAUUGAAUGUGUGUCUAUAAAUGCAGUAUGAGUGGAGUGUGUCUGAUUUUGGGUUACGGUGUGUUGAGUAAUUAUCAUACCAGUGUCUUUUUAGGGAGAUGCUAAUGUUAAAAGCGAUUAAAAAUAAAUAAAUAAAGAUCACAUGCGAUGCUUAGGCUGUUGUGCCUUACAUGGGUACAUAUGUGGAACUAGACGAACAGCACUCAUCUGUUACUUGAGAAUUCUUUUUUUUCCCUGUUAAUCAGUUGUCUGCUUUUCAAACUACUUGAUUUAUCGCAUGUUACUGAACUCGACCACUAAUCAUUCCUGAUUAUCUCCGACCAAUAACUUAUUACUUUCCACAGCUGGAUUCCACUGUACCAU